AUGUACAGUGUCAACUCAGCUUCACGCGUUCUGCGAUGGUUCAUUGCUUGCUAUAGCUCACUGCUGGCCUCGAAGUCAAGGGUGACUCCCACAAGGGCCUUGACUAUACCUGGAACGGAGCUGAGUGGCGCAGUUUUGGCCGUCAAGGUGCACGGAGGUGCGCAGCUUAUUUUAGCGUAUACACGCCAGCGGUUCUGGAUAGUGACAGGAAGGCAGACGGAGCGGAAAUGUGUCCAGUGUUUCCGGGCACAGCCCUCCGCUUCGCCUCAGCUUAUGGGAGAGCUCAAGGCAGCACGGUUGCGAGGCAUUGGCUUCUACAAGGGGUACAUCACCGUUUUCAUUUCCCUUGCAACCAAGGCAGUGCAUUUGGAAGCGGUGACAGGCCUUGCCACGGAAUAUUUUUUGCUGGCGCUGGGCAGAUUCACCGGGAGGAGAGUGAUGGUUCGGCUCCUCUACAGUGACAAUGGGACCAACUUUGUGGGGGCGGACAAUCUAAUGAAGAAGUUCUACGGUAAGCUUCAUGAAGAUUACGAUCAGCUUAUAGCCUACAAGCUCGCGUCUCUACGGACAACGUGGCACUUCAAUCCUCCUCAGUCGCCCAAUUUCGGCGGGCUGUGGGAGGCUAAAGUGAUGUUGGGGAACCAUCACCUGAAGAGGGUCAUUGCGGAUCGACGGCUCACCUAUGAGGAGUGGGCAACGGUGCUUAUAAGCGUAGAAGAAUGUCUCAACUCACAGCCGCUUUGCCCUCUCACAGCGGACGCAGACGACCUAGAGGUGCUCACGCCGGCUCCAUCUGAGUUUCGCCCACAAUCUAAGUCCUUCGCGGAGCAUUUCCUGGUCCAGCAGGCAAUGAGGCCCAAGUGGUUCCGCAAGACUGAAGGACUUCAGCGUGACGACCUCGUCAUCAUCAAGGACGACCGUUUUCCGCCGUCGCAAUGGCUACUGGGCGCGUCGUUGAGCUACACCCGGGGACGGAUACGUUGUUUCGGGCUGUAA